AGAAAAGGAUAUACGCACACACUCACACACACACACACUCGCACAUCCGACACACGGCACAACAAAGAAGCGUGCAACAUGCAGAUGAUACUUGUUGCUGGCGGGUCUUUGCCCAAAUUGAGCAGUCAAGACGAAGAAGGGGGGGCUGGUCAUGGCUUUGGUGGCGGACCACAACACUUUGAACCCAUUCCUCACGAUCAUGAUUUCUGCGAGAGAGUCGUUAUAAAUGUAAGCGGGUUAAGGUUUGAGACACAACUACGUACGCUAAAUCAGUUCCCGGACACACUGCUUGGGGAUCCAGCUCGGAGAUUACGGUACUUUGACCCGCUUAGAAAUGAAUAUUUUUUUGACCGUAGUCGUCCGAGCUUCGAUGCGAUUUUAUACUAUUAUCAGAGUGGUGGCCGACUACGAAGACCGGUCAAUGUCCCUUUAGACGUAUUUAGUGAAGAAAUAAAAUUUUAUGAAUUAGGUGAUCAAGCAAUUAAUAAAUUCAGAGAGGAUGAAGGCUUUAUUAAAGAGGAAGAAAGACCAUUACCGGAUAAUGAGAAACAAAGAAAAGUCUGGCUGCUCUUUGAGUAUCCAGAAAGCUCGCAAGCCGCCAGAGUUGUAGCCAUAAUUAGUGUAUUUGUUAUAUUGCUAUCAAUUGUUAUAUUUUGUCUAGAAACAUUACCCGAAUUUAAGCAUUACAAGGUGUUCAAUACAACAACAAAUGGCACAAAAAUCGAGGAAGACGAGGUGCCUGACAUCACAGAUCCUUUCUUCCUUAUAGAAACGUUAUGUAUUAUUUGGUUUACAUUUGAACUAACUGUCAGGUUCCUCGCAUGUCCGAACAAAUUAAAUUUCUGCAGGGAUGUCAUGAAUGUUAUCGACAUAAUCGCCAUCAUUCCGUACUUUAUAACACUAGCGACUGUCGUUGCCGAAGAGGAGGAUACGUUAAAUCUUCCAAAAGCGCCAGUCAGUCCACAGGACAAGUCAUCGAAUCAGGCUAUGUCCUUGGCAAUAUUACGAGUGAUACGAUUAGUUCGAGUAUUUCGAAUAUUUAAGUUAUCUAGGCAUUCGAAGGGUUUACAAAUAUUAGGACGAACUCUGAAAGCCUCAAUGCGGGAAUUAGGUUUACUUAUAUUUUUCUUAUUUAUAGGCGUCGUACUCUUCUCAUCAGCGGUUUAUUUUGCGGAAGCUGGAAGCGAAAAUUCCUUCUUCAAGUCCAUACCCGAUGCAUUUUGGUGGGCUGUGGUUACCAUGACCACCGUUGGAUAUGGUGACAUGACACCCGUCGGCGUUUGGGGCAAAAUUGUGGGAUCAUUGUGUGCGAUUGCUGGUGUACUGACAAUCGCACUACCCGUACCGGUUAUCGUCAGUAAUUUCAAUUACUUCUAUCACCGCGAAACGGAUCAGGAGGAGAUGCAGAGCCAAAACUUUAAUCAUGUUACUAGUUGUCCAUAUUUGCCAGGUACAUUAGGUCAACACUUGAAGAAAUCAUCGUUGUCUGAGUCCUCAUCGGAUAUGAUGGAUUUGGAUGAUGGUGUUGAAUCGACGCCAGGAUUAACUGAAACACAUCCUGGCCGUAGUGCAGCAGCUCCAUUUUUGGGAGCAUCACAGGCGCAACUGCAACUGCAACUGCAACUGCAACCGCCGCAGCCACAACAGCAGCAGCAGCAGCAGCAGCAACAACAGCAGCAACAGCAGCAGCAGCAGCUGCAACUGCAGCAACAAAAUGGCUUCAAGCAGCAACAGUCAACAAUAAGCGUCAAUGCGGCCACCGGCAGCGCUGGCAGCAGUCUCACAAUGAGGCACAACAAUGCGCUAGCUGUUAGCAUCGAGACCGACGUUUGACUACUGGUAAAAAAGAUGUUAAGUGGUAUAAGAUUGGCCUUGUCAAGUGUUACGUUGGAUGCCAGAAACGACUACAAAAGCUGUUUAAGUUUAAUUUAAGUAGAACAAAUAACAAA